CCUCACAUCGACUCAUUGCGCCCUUCGACUCGCUACCACCAUUGACUGCGCAACUCACCUACAUCGACCCGUUCAUUGACUCACGGACGGCUGAUUGCGACGGACAUUCCGUUGAACGAAAGCAACUUUUUGACGCGGCGCGCGCAGCAAAGCCCUCGCCAGCGACUGCGUACCACCUCUUCGAUAUCGCGCCCGGCGCGCGCAUUGCCAACUCAGUUAUGGCUGCCGAGUACGAUCCCAGUGAGCCGCAGACUUACGACGACGGCGCCGACCAUGGCGAAGACAACUAUGAUCCGACAGGUUACGGCAACUACAACGGUCAAGAGAACGAGGGCCAUGAAGAGGCCGAUGACGAGGACGACGAUUACGACCCUUCGAGCGUUAAUUAUGGCGAAAACACCGAGAAUACGACGCCAGCGCAAUCUGUGCCGCACACGCCCGCGCAAACCGAUCAGCCAGCCCAAAAAAUGCAGCACAAAGUCGCUGGCUUCAUAGUAGAAGAGAGUGAUGACGAGCAAGAAGCGGGCGCACCACCAGCACCCUCGCAGGCGAAUGGAGAUGCAGGCGAACACUCUGGUCUUGGCGCAGUGGCUCAGUCUGAAGCGCAGGAUGUAUCCUUACAUAGUGCACCACAUGUUGACACAGCUGCCGAAGGCGCAAGUCUUAAUGGGUUCACUGUUCCAGUUUCCGCAUCUACUACUUCUUCAGUUGCUCCAGAACUCACAGUCCAGUCACUUGCUCCAGUUCCAGCUCCACCUGAAGCUACAGAGGGUAAGACAGCAUCAACGGCGCCUUCUGCGCAGCCGACUCCACAACCAGUACAGCAAAGCAUAGCGCCGACUCCACAACCACCUGUACAGCAAGCUAGUGCUCCCGCAGUACAGGGACCACCAGCCAGACUUCCUCACGACAAAGUCGGCCAGCUUGAAGAUCGCAUCAAGGAUGACCCUAAAGGCGACACUGAUGCCUGGUUUACGCUCAUCGAUCAUUACAUCUCCAAGGAGCAAUUUGAUAACGCGAGGAGCGUGUACUCCAGGUUCUCCAAGGUCUUUCCAACUUCGGUCCAGCUAUGGUUACGACGCAUACAACUUGAAAAUGAUCUCGACCAGCGCGAAUUUAUGGCACAUCUGCUCACCCAAGCCCUCAACACGGUCCCAAAUGUUGCGCUCUGGAAGUUCUACCUUGACCACAUCCGGCGGAUUCUGCCAGUCAGUGGUGAACAAGGUCCUGCAAACCGAGCCCAGAUCAUGGAGGCAUUCAAGAUGACCUUGGAUCAAUCCGGAAUCGACCCCGAUGCAGGCGACCUUUGGCGAGAGUACGUCGACUUCGUCAAGGACGGGCCAGGCAAUGUCGGUGGACAGGGGUGGCAGGAUCUCCAAAAGGUCGAUUUGCUGCGAAAAGCAUAUCAACAAGCCACCAAGCUUCCACACGGCGAACUCGUCAAGCUUUGGAAGGAGUACGAAGCAUUUGAGAUGAAUAUCCACAAGCAGACUGGCCGGAAGCACAUUCAAGAGCAGAGCCCUCACUACAUGCAGGCUCGCACAGCACGCAUGCAGCUUGAACAGAAAUUACAGCGCCUCGAUCGUACAUCGCUGCCGCGACUGCCGCCAAUCUAUGGCUGCGCAGGCGAAGACGACUUCGGCGAACAGGUCGAGAGGUGGCGCGCUUGGAUUCACUGGGAGCGUGACGAGGAUCCACUCGUGUACAAGGGCUCCGAAGAUGCCGAGUGGCGCAAGCGGGUUGUCUAUACAUACAAACAAGCGACCAUGGCACUGCGCUUCUACCCAGAGAUCUGGUUCGAGGCUGCAUCGUGGUGCUUUUCCACAGGCAUUGACGCUAUCAUCAAAGAAGGGGAAGACUUCCUAGACAGUGGCAUGACUGCCAAUCCCGAGUCUGUGCUGCUCGCUAUGAUGAAGGCAGACCGCGUGGAGAGCUCCCUGGAAUCUGGCAACACCGACGAAGUUUUGCUGCGCAACGGCGAGAGGCUCAACAAGCCCUUCGAGGAUGUUCACACCCCGCUAUACGCCUUACGGAACAAGAUCAUGGAAAAAGACAAGGCAGCCAAGGCACAGGUGGAAGCCCAUUUUGCUUCACUGCCAGCAGAGGACGAGAAUGCAAAUGAGCAGGAGGACGAUGACGACGAUGAGCCGAAGGAGAAGCCCAAGACCCGUGCCGAGCAGAAGCAAGAGCAGCUCGAUGCGAUCAAAAAAUCAUCUGCAGCACAUCUCGACAUGCUGAAGCGUACCAUAUCCUACGUCUGGGUUGCGAAGAUGCGAGCAUUCCGCCGAGUACAAGGUCAAGGCAAGCCUCCCAAGAAGGGCGCAGAAGCUGGCAAAGAGAUCAAAGGCUUCCGAGGGAUAUUUGGUGAGGCUCGACCACGAGGCCCACUUUCAAGUGACGUGUACAUUGCCUCUGCGCUUAUGGAGUGGCAAUGUUAUCGAGACCCAUCCGCGGUAAAGAUCUUCGAACGCGGCAUGAAGCUGUUCCCAACCGACGAUGCCUUUAUCCUCGAAUACAUCAAGCACUUGAUUAGCAUUGGUGACAUCACCAACGCCCGAGUGGUCUUCGAGUCCACUAUUCCGAAGAUUAUGGCAACCGCUGAUAUCACACCUGAGCAAAAGCAAGAUCGUUGCCGACCACUCAUUGGCUACAUGCACGAUUUUGAGAGCAAAUAUGGUGACCUGGCGCAAAUCCACAAGAUCGAAAAGAAGAUGGCGGAGAUCUACCCACAAGAACCAGAAAUUGCCCGCUUUGCCCAUCGUCUUGAGCUGCCGACUUUCGACGCCAUCCACGCGCAACUCAUCCUCAGUCCGACACAAGCACAGCCGAAGCCAAUCGCAUCGCUGCCGCCUGGAAUUGCUGCUCAACACAUCAUGGGAGGUCAGCUUGCUCCCAGCAUUGAAGGCCCCUCGUCCCCCAAAAUGGGCGGUGCGCCUGAGAUCCUCCUGGGCCCAAAUGGGCCUUACGUCGCUUCACCCAAGCGGCCUCACGAUUCUGACGACGACGGCCCAAGCCGUAAGUUCAUGCGUGGAGAAUCACCACUCAAAGGCGCUGCCGGCGUGCGCCUGGCAGCUACCACCUCUGGCGCUGGCAAAGGUGGCUUCGCGACCAAGACUUUCGUGCCAGUCAACGGCGUGGCGCCUCCUGCAGGUGUUUCCGCCCCUCCACCGGGACUGCCGCCUAUGCCUGUUGGUCCACCGCCUCUACCUGUUCAGGUCCUGGGGGUUUUGAGUGCACUGCCGCCUUCGAGUGUCUAUAACUCGGUGCAGUUCGAUACCGUCAAGCUCGUACAGUAUUUACAGCGCGUGCCAGUUGAAAAUACACGAGCCGAAUUUAUGAAUGGAUCGUUGAAGCUGGCCCAGAGACCUUAGGAAGAUUACUCGGGAGCAAAAUUUUACGAAUUCCAAUCACAGGAUAUUCCUCGCGACUCUCACACAUUCUGAUUGAGCUGGAAUGCGAGUGCACUGCGCAAACAUUACGUGAACCCCUUGGGGGUGUCGAAAAGUCCUUCAGAUAUGAAUUUGUUCGUGCGACUAGCGAUGGUCGACGAGGGAACGGGAGGAUUGACGAGAGCAUAAUUUGCCAAAGAGCCGAGGGGGCGAAGGUCUGUUCUCGCAUAAAAGAUGUUAGAGGCUUUGAGCGUGCGCUCGUCCUCUGUGCUUAGCACAACAGUAGGAGGAGACAACAGGCGCCGAUCACAGCAGCAUGGCAGACGCCUGUUCCCGUCUGCAUUGGCUGUGCUGUCGCCAUUCUUGUAUUAUAGGACCGGUAAACAGCUACCAACAGUACAAUCGGAGAGCAU